AUGGAAGAACUCGUCCGAGCCAACUUGACUCGGUAUAUUGGCAUAUCCAACUUUGCCAAAAGAGAUAUCAAGGCUAUCUUCGAUAUAUGCGAAAUUUACAUGGCUUUUCGGAAGGAUGCCACAGUGGCGCAGGCGGUACUCGCCUGGGGUCUUCAAAGGGGUACUAUCGUGAUCCCUAAGAGCGUAGAUGAGGGCCAUAUCAGCGAAAACUUGCAUAUGAUGGAUGUCAGCUUCACAGGCCCCGAAAUGGAGUCCAUUGCCUUUGAAGAUAAGAAGGCUAGGAUGAAUAACCCCGAGAAAAGCUGGGGAGUGAACCUCUUCGCGGGCCUGGAUGAUCCUGCGGAGGGUAAGGAGGAGUUGUAA